AUGGCGAAUGACUUUGAGGUUGGAUCAAGUCAUAUAAAUUCUAAUGUUACUACUGUUACAGAAAGAAUUGAAGGAGUUGAAAAUAUAGUUGAGCAAAACCAAGGGGAUGCCUAUAGAGAACAAGGUGUAGAAAGAACAGAAGCAGUUGAAAAUAUAAAUGGUCAAAAUCACGGGGAUGGCUACAGAGAACAAGGAGGAGAAGAAGCUGGUCAUUUAAGUGGUAGAGAAAUUUUGGUUCAAACAUUUGGUGGUAAUUUGAUCAAUGUUCGAGAUACAGCAGGAUAUUAUGAUCCAUUGCAGUACCCAAUACUUUUCCCAUUUGGAACAUAUGGAUGGGAUAUCAAUACACGCGACACUAAUAGAAAUAAAGUGUCAUGUCGUGAUUAUUAUGCAUUCAUCUUUCAGAUUCGCGACAAUGCUCUAUCAAUGAUUUGGUAUGGAGGACGCCUUUCACAACAGUAUGUUGUUGAUAAUUAUGUAAAAAUUGAAACACACAAGCUUAGGUGGUUUGAGCACAAUCAAGAUUCUAUUAGGGCAUAUCUGUACCAAGGCCUACAAGAUGCUUUCCAUGAAGGAGAGAGUGAUACUGGUAAUGGAAAUGUUGGACAUAGAACCAUUCUACCUUCAUCAUUUGUGGGAAGCCCAGGCGAUAUGAUCCGACGAUUUCAAGAUGCAAUGUCAUUGGUUCAAAAGUUUAGGAAACUAGAUUUAUUCAUCAUAAUGACAUGUAAUCCAGGAUGGGAAGAAAUCCAAAAUGAGCUUUUACCCACACAAACCGCACAAGAUCGUCCAUACUUGCUUGCAAGAGUUUUCAAAUUGAAAUUUGAAGAAUUGAAAGAUGAUAUUGUGGUUAAAGGGGUUCUCGGAAGAGUUAUUGUAUAUGUGCAAGUCUUUGAGUUCCAAAAAAGGGGUUUACCACAUGUACACAUGCUUAUAAUUCUCGAUGAAGAUGAAAAAUUGCAUAAUCUAGAGGAUUACGAUCGAGUUGUUAAAGCAGAAAUACUGUGUAAGGAGGAACAACCUCAGUUACAUAAAGCUGUACUGAAACAUAUGAUACAUGGUCCUUGCGGAGUACAAAAUCCAAGAUCACCAUGUAUGAAAAAUGGGCGAUGUAAAAAAGGAUACCCAAAGCCUUUCUCGCUAGAAACCUACCAAGGCAAUGACUCAUAUCCUGUUUACAAACGAUAUGAUACUAAUAAUCCCGUGCCAUUGAAUGAUCAUUGUAGGAUUAUGGUAGACAACACUUGGGUUGUUCCAUAUAAUCCUUGGUUACUGCUAAAAUAUAAUUGUCAUAUUAAUGUUGAAAUAUGUUGCAGUAUCAAGAGUGUAAAGUACUUAUACAAAUAUGUGUAUAAAGGCCCAGAUCGUGUCUCUAUGGAAGUUAGACCAGGCCCAAAUUAUGAUGAGGUCCAAUAG